AUGCUCAGAGGCAAUAAAGUUUAAAAUUCAUUCUGCUAAUCCAUCCCAUGCAUUAUUAGACCAAAUUUAUAAAUGAAUAGACCAUUAUUGUGGUUUAAUACUUAAUAUAAAGAAGAAACAAGAGUAGAUUAUAAAUUUAAUUAUAGUUGGAGGACAUUAAAUUACCUUAAUCAGUUAUAACUCAAAAAUUGAAGUUCUUAGUAAAUCGAAAUGAUUUUAUGAAGGAGUUAAGCAAUUUUUCAUUGCAUUCAAUUCAAUCAUAAUAUUUUUAGAAAUCUUUGUAUGAUAUCUCAAAUGUAAUUAUAUUAAAGAUAUAUUUAGUUUAUUGAGUAUUCUCAAUUAAGUAAUUAAAUUCAUAUCACUGAAUAGGAUGCAUCAAUGUCUGGUUUAAAAUUGUUUCAAGCAUUUUCACCAGAACAAAUAAAUUUAUUAAAAUUUCAUUUUAAUUAGCCUUAAAGUAUAACAAGCAUUUCAUUUAUUGAUGGAGCAAUCAAUCUAAUCAAGAAUACAUAAUAAUUUUAAGAUAGUUUGUUUGUAAAUCUUGCAUCUAACUUAUUUGAAUUAUUUUAUGAACCUUAAAGUUCUAAGAGAUCAAAAUAAUAAGAUGAAAAGUUUAAAGAACUCUUUUAGGAAAUAGGAAUAUUAUUAUAUAAGUUUGAUUAUUUAUCAUAAUCUUAACCUUUGAAUAUAGCCAAAUUUAUAGGACAAUUAUAUGAUUUGAUGAUUACUAAUUCAAUUAAAUUGAAUGAUAUUACUCAUUAUCGUAAGACUGCCAAUAAUUUCAUAUAAAAAUAUUAUGGAAUUCAAUCCCAUAAGAUGAUUUAACCUAAUAUUGUUGAUUAUAAGAAUAUAUUAUAUACAAUAUUUUUAAGUGAAAUUAGGCCUGAAGCAUUAAUACAAGAUGCUGUCAAUAGGUAAUAUAUUUAUAUAUUGAUUUAGAUUUGCUAAUUCUGGAAUAUAGAAUGGUUCUAUUACAUCAAAUAUCGAUAUAAUGAGUAUGAUGUUAUUACAUGGUGUUCCAUGUACUGAGAAUUUUCUUAAUAAACUAAAGAAUUCUAAAAGAUAGAGAUUAACAAUAGGAUAACUUUAUGUUUUAUUAAAAUGUUAUGAACUUGCUAAAGUACCUUUACAUGAAUUCAGUCAAACAUUAUUUUUGGAGUAAUUAUUAAUAUAAUUUUAGUGUUGUGAGUUUUAUAUCUCAUGAUAAAUAAUUAUAAGAUGGAAAUUCAGUUUUAAUGUUAGCAAGAAUUUGUAAUGAGUUAUUUUCAAGUUCUUUCAUUACUUCAAAAGUUGCUUAAGAAAAAAGAAAUGAUAAAAUUCUUAAUUUUCUUGAAAGGAAUGUUUAAAGAUAUAUUGAUUAACUUAACUUUAAUCAUAUACUUUUUAUUUCCAAUGUAUUUAAUAAACAUCUAAAAUAACCAAAUUUCUUGAUUAAUAUACUUCAUGAUAAAUUGAAUGAUAUUAAACUUAAUGAAACUUCCCUUAGUCUAUAUAAUGACUUCUUAGAAAUUACUUAUGAAUUCUAUAAAGAAAGUUACACUCACAUUAAAUAACAAGUAUUUGAAUAUGGGACAUCACCUUCACAAGAAUAUUUAGCAGUUACUAAAACUUUUGUUGAAAAUUUAAUCCAAUUUCAAUUCACCAGUCUACUUGCCACUAACAUUUUAAAAGUCGCAUCCUUAUCAUGUAAACAACAAAACAAUUAACAAUAGGUUUUUAAUUCGAUAAAUCAAUAAUAUUAAAACUCAUCUCUAAACCGAGUUUAUUCUCUAACGAUGUCAAUAUUUUAACUAAAGUAAUGAAACAAUAUGAUAUUCCAAUGAAUCCUGAAAUUUUUAAUAUUGUAUUAAAUGAAAACAAAGAUGAUUAAGUUAUGAUACUAGAAUCAAUCUAUAAUAUAUGUCAAAUCAAUAAUUUAAAUACAGAUCAAAAGAUCCAAUUAAAAUAAUAUGUAUAAAACAUUAUUUAUACAUUAUUGGCAGAAAAUGAAUAAUAUUUAGUGGAACAAAGAUAAAUAGAUGAUUUUUUACAUACUUACUCUUCAUAAAUUAAUUAAUAAUCUUUUGAAUCUAUCAAAUAUUUCCCAGAAAUUAUUAAUACCUUUGAAAUUACUUUUGAGACUGAAUAACUAAAUAUUCUUAAUAAAUUAUAUGAACGAACUUGCGUUUUAUGGCAUGGAGAUAUCUUAAUAAAGAAUUUAAUUUUAAUUGAUAAAAUGAAUGUAAAUAUAGUUUAAUUAACUUAUAGAUUCUUAAUUAUUAGAUAUAUAUAAAAUCAGCAGAGAAUAUCCUUAGUUGCUUUGAUUUAGGAAGAGAUGGAACAGAUGCUACACCAUCUGGUUUUCUUGCAGAUAAUAAUGUAUAGAUAUCUCUACUUAAAAUUUACUUAAAUUAAAUUCAGAAUUCUACUUAUUAAUAUUCAGAAAGCUUAAAAAUCAUAGGUUAUUUAGCAUAUCUAAAUAUUACUUAGUUGGGUGCCGAAGAUAUUAUGGUAAUUGAUAUAUUUAAUAAUUUAGCUACUUUGCAAAGCUUUAGGUAACAUUACAGAAUUAUACUUUCCAGAGUUAUAAAAUUAUCUUGAAAAUUAAUUAACAGAAACUUAAUUGCCUAAUGAAUAAAACAUAGUUUAAUUUAGUUCCUAAUUUCCUUUUAUAAACAUUAAAGUUCGUGAAUUAUUACUAGAAAACUUUAAUAAAAAUAAAAUGGAAUAUUUAACAUUAGAAAAAUUAAAUGCUUCUUAAAAUCAAUAAGUUGGUAUUUAGUAAAUUGAUUAAUUGUUUGAAUAAUUGGAUAAUUAAGAAAAAUUAAAAUUUAUCAAACCAAUUCUUUAGAAUUUAAAUUUAACUUGGGAUCUUUAAUAUUCUAUUGAUACAAUUCUAAGAUUUGCAGAAUAAUGUUAUAAUGAAUAAGACACUGAAUUCAAAUUAUUAUAUUUGAUAUUAGAUUAUUUAAAUAAAACAAAAUCAAUGGUCUAAGUAAAGUUGUCAUAAGAUGAAACUUAUUUUAAAUUAAAAUUUGAUAAAAAAAUUGUUGAUAUUACAUUUGAAAACAAAGUUUAAGAAUUAUUUAAUUAAAUUGAUAUAAAAGGAUUGAAUUUUAAAACAUCUAAAGACAAUAUAAUUUACUAUCCUUCAAUUACUACAGAAUUAAAUUAUAAUGAAUUACCUAAAUAUAAAGUUUCUAUGGUUAAAAAACAAUAAAAACCAUAAGAAGAUGUUAAUGAAAGCAAGGAUUAACUUUCAUUCUUUUUAAAAAAUAACAUAAGUCGUUUGGCACUUUAACCCUAAUACAAGUAUAUAGAAUUUAUAAUUUAACUUAUGACAUUGAAUGGAUUGGAUAUAUUCAAAUAUUUUACAUAAAUUCCAAAAGAAAGUUAUACUAAAAGAAUUCAAAUGAUUAAGAAAGAUAAGACAUAUUUAGAAUUUUUAGUAAAUAUGCAAACAAAUAUGGCAGAAAUGGAUAAUUAAUUUCGCUUUGUUAGUGGAAUAGAAGAUGUUUAACUAUCUUUAUUCAUCUGUUUAAAACUUGAAAAUAUUGAAAGUGAAACAUAUCCUCCUAUAUUUAUAUAAUAUGUGUCUAAAAAUAAUACAGUUAUAUCAUAAAAUGGUUUAUAGUUAAAUCCUUCUAUUUUAUUAGAAUCUAUGGUAUUAGCUGAACAGGGUCAUGUUUAUUUAAUCAAUUUUACAAAAUGGAUAUAAAUCUAUUAGAAUAAACCAAAAUAAAAAGAAUUUUUUUUAAAGUUGAUCCAAUGA